CUGCUGCCAAAGCAUCAUCCUUCCUGGCAAAACCAACACAUGACCCUGGACAGAGCCAGGUGGCAUGGUAUGCUCCAGCAACUGGCAAAAGUAAGCAGAGCAGAAUUUAAUAUGUAACUGUGUUUAGCCUCUUAGCAUUCUCACAGAUCACUGCAAUGACACAGAUAACACCAGGGCAGUCGUUGCUUUUAACCAUGACAUCACAGAUUUUAAAAUAAGCAAAAAGACACAUACAAACUGCAUCAGAAGAUACACCAUACUAAAGAAAUGAGAACAAUAUGCCAUAACAAGACUAGGUUUUAAAAAUAAACACUGAGCUGUCUCCAGGUAUUUCAGCAGCUACUCCUUUUGCUUUUGUGGCCAAUUUGUCUUUAAUGUGCCUUUACUAUCACUCAAGUGGUCCGCCCCAUUGGCUAUCUCUUAUUCCAUCUUUUUCUACUGAACACCUGUUGAAAGGUGACAUGAGAAGCUUAUAUUUUUGUGGCGAUUAAAGGAAAGUGAUCGGAGCAUGAAAGAGAACCCAGACUGUCACAAGAAAUACCAGCUCUUUUGCUUCUAGUUGUUCCUGGAAGUACUGAAGCAGUAUUUUGCCACCUUGAACAAAAUUUUUGUUUGUUUUUGAAUUUCUCUCCCAUCUGCAAGUGGCUCUCUGCACUAUUUUGCCAUGCUGCAGCAAAUUCUACGAGAUAUGUACAUCGAUCCGGAGCUACUGGCUGAACUAAAUGAAGAACAGAAGCAUGUCCUCUUCUAUAAGAUGAGGGAAGAGCAGGUUAGGAGAUGGAAGGAGAGAGAGGAGAGAGUCAACGGCAAUGAAGCCUUGCUGAAGAAAACAGCAAGACUUCAACAGAGUAAUGACAAGCACGUGCAAUGGCUCCGUGGGACCGAUGGUGAGGUCUGGGUUUGGAUUAUGGGUGAAGCUGAUGGAGACAAACCUUAUGAACAGAUUUCAGAGGAACGUAUUGCAGAGAGAGCCAGACAACAAGCUCAGAAGGAAGCUGAAGAAUUAUGGAAAGAAAAGGAAGCUGAAAUUACAAAGAAGUUCCGAGAUGCAAUGGCAAAUGAGAAAGCUCGAAUACUAGCAGAGAAAUGGAAAAUAGAGACAGAAGAUCGCAAAGCAGCCAAAUUGAUGGAGGAGAAAUUCCAAGAAGAAUUAAAGAAAAGAGAGGAGGAAGAGAGGCAAAAAGGUGAAGCACAGAUACGACAACAAGAGGAACGCAGAGCACAUGAGCUGUACCUGAGCCUCAAACAAGCCCAGCAGUAUAGUCAACACAAUGAAAAGGAGGACCAUGAAUGGGAAGAACAGCUACGUCGUUCAAAAGCAGCUGAUGAAGAAAGGAGCCAUAAAGCACGUCGAGCACGGGAUGAAUAUCAGCGCCAAUCUUUGAGGGCCAUCCAAAAAGGAAAAGUGGCUGGUUUGAGUAACCUGUUCCAGGCAACUGGUCUGAAUAGGGAGCAAGAGGCAAAACUGACCAGUGCUGAUCCUAUUUCAUCUCUGACCACAAUUGUACCAACCAGCAAAGCUUGGGAACGACCUCCCAGACCUUUCUCCAGAGAUGUCAUAAUUCAGUGGUUCAGAGAAGAGCAGCUUCCACGCCGGGCUGGAUUUGAAAGGAACUCCAGUACUAUUGCACCUUGGUUCCAUGGAAUUAUUAGUCGCCAAGAGGCAGAAGAGCUGCUGAUGAAUAAGUCUGAAGGAGCGUUCCUAGUGCGAGUCAGUGAGAAAAUCUGGGGAUAUGCACUAUCCUAUCGGCAUCAAAGUGGUUUCAAACAUUUUCUGGUGGAUGCUUCUGGAGAUUUCUACAGCUUCUUAGGUGUGGAUCCCAACAGGCAUGCAACACUCACAGACCUCAUUGAUUUCCACAAGGAAGAAAUAAUUACAUCAUCUGGUGGAGAGUUGCUACUGGAACCUUGCGGACAGAUAAAGAAUCCACCUGACUAUAUCUCCUUAUUUGAAUGACAGGGUUUUUUUUUUUUCAUUUUGGGAUGACAGUAACUAUUUUAGAAGAGCAAAAACAAUCAGUGAAAUAACUUGAGAAAUAAGAUUCCAGCUUAUGAUCAACAAAUAUGAAUCAGCUAAAUGCCUUAGGCAGAUUGAGUUUUUAAUUUGAGAGAGAUAUGCCAUUAGUAAGUAAUGCAAAGCGAAGAAUACAAAGGAUAACGCUACUUCAAAAUAUAGUUAAUGUGUUCAUCGAAAACCAGUGUUUUCAAAGUGUUCAGUAAUAUAAAUAGGAAAAAAUAUGAUAGGCAAUGGUUCUAGUACUAGCAUACACUGAUUUUUGAAAUUCUCAGAGUUGUAAUAUUUGAGAAGCAUGUAAUUUGUGGUAUGGGAAUGUAGCAAUAGGUGCUUUUUGAGCAGUAAAUUACAGGUUUUAUAUCAGUACGUCUGUUUUGCUUAAACCAGUACCUCUCUCAAUUAUUUAAAAAUUUGAAGGAAGAGGACUACGUUUUGAAUGGAAAAGAUGCAUGAAUAAAGAAAACAGAAUGAAGAAUCGACCACCCUAAUCUUUCACCCUAGUUAUUUUAUGCUUUUAUCCCAGCCAACCCCUCCCUGGAAACACCUAGUGAUUAAAAAGAAAAAUACUUCCUAGAGGGAGGGUAGCAAUUCAACUCAAAAGUAAGCCAAGGCUUUUCCUCUACAUGUCUUCUUUGUGCUCCAGAAGACCUCCUCAACUCCACAUCCAAUUUAAUUACAUUUACAUAUGAUUAAAUGGCACUGAUCCUUUCAUAAGUAAUUUGAGCCCAUAUGGAAAGAAAAUUGGGGCAUUAAGUUUCUGUAUUUUUUAAAUUCUUAAUAUAAUGAACUUGAGGCCAGAAGUGGGCAAAGUGUGGAUCCCAGGAAUUCCUUUGUGGCUUCCAACUCCUCCAGACUCCCCAUUUGCCUAGUGUACCAAAAAAAGAAAAAGAAAAAGAAAAAAAAGAGAUAAAUUGGCAUUCAUAGAAAACACCACAACUGACAGUUUAACUUUCAAAUCAGUUGCAAGCUCCCCCUGCCAUUCUAUUGACCAUCAAAAAUAGCCAUCUUUCAGAAGCAGAUAUAGACUCCUGUUACUUCAAGGUUUUGGCUUUUUUGACAUUUUUGUCAUUCAGGGAUUCCAGAGCAGAAGACUGUCCUCCAGACCCACUAUAGUUGCUCAGCCCUUUCUCAUAUUCUUACUUCCUCACACUUCUUGCCCAUUGUUCUAAUAUGGAGAAGCUCUUUCUUUGAUAUCCUUAACUGUUGUCAGAUUGUGUAAUCAAUAGAGAAAUAUAUGUCCUGCCUAUGGUAAAUAUCAAGGGAUAUAAACAUGCACUGACUUCUCACUUAUGUUCAUUACCAAAUUUUUGUAAGGAACAUUAAAUACAGAUGAGACAUUGAAA